AUGACUGGAAGAGACAAGGGUUGUUCUUCCUGUUGUCCCGAUAAUAAUACCGAUGUCUGUGGAGCUUCUCUGCCCAAGGUCAUAGUGCCCGAGGUCAUGCUGCUUGCAGGGCCAGGCCCAGGGCCUGCCAUUCCAGAAUUCCGUGCUCCAUCCUUCCCCAAAAUGCCUGCGUUUCUGCUGUGGCUCCUGAUGGAGUUCUGGAUCCUGGAAGUUCCAGAUAAGGUCCUGGCAGAUCUGGUAUCUCCUGAGGCCUCUCCCCGUGGCCUGCAGAUGGCCGUCUUCUCAUUAAGGAUCAAGAAUGAAAGAUUGUGGAGGCCUUCCUUAAGGCUUCCCACAUCUCAAUGGACUCCUGAAUAUAACAAACCCUAUACCUUAACAGUGGAUGUGAAGAGGGAGAUCCCUCCAUGCCUAAAGACACAGGAGAGCCUGAAAGGGACUCUCAUGCAUCCAGGCCCACUGGUGGCCAGAAGGAUUCCUGCAGGAGUUGAAAGGAUUAAUGGUAAAGUGUGUGAUGAUUCUCAGAAACAAGAGAAGGACAUGAAUAGUAACCAACAAGAGCAGGAAAAACAUGUUGCUGUGAGGAAAAAAUGCAAAAGCCAGCAGGCUGGCCCUUCAUACAUGCGAAAUUGUGUUAAAGAGAACCAGGGAGUAUCAGGAUUGAGGCCACACCUAGAAACACCAAAUGAUGAAGAUAUGAUCUUUCUUCUCUUUCAUCUGGUCUUCUUUGGGGAUUCUGAUACUGCAACUUUGGAUGAGGAUAAAGAAGUCACUGUAAGACAUUCUCAGGGAAUACUGAAUGCUCAAAGUAGAACUCAUAGUGCACGAUCCCAAAAGUGGCCUCGCACUGAGACCGAAUCAGUCUCAGAACUGUUAAUGGAAAGAACCUGUUUUCGUGGCAGUUCAUUAAGGAAACUUCCAUGCAGAAAGAGGUUUGUAAAAAAGAAUUCCUCACAGAGGACACAGAAACAAAAAAAGGAGAUAUUAAUGCAAAAGAAGAAAGGAGAAGUGCCAGCUCGAAGAAAAUAUGCACCGCUCCUGAGUUACAGUAGUUCCAGUGAGAGUGAGCUCAGGAGAGAAUCCUUUCCCCGCCAAUCACCAGCAGGAGAGGAAGAUGUGUUUGUUUCUGCCACUGAAAACCACCAAAACAAUCCACCUCUUCCUUCAGGACAUAUGGAUGAAAUCAAGGAAGAUGUAGUGGUUUUAGAAGCUUCCUCCACUCACCAGGUCGCAGACUAUGCAGAAAUUGAUGUGACCUUGACUGACAGUGAAGUGGAGACGGUGGCAGUUGGAGAAAGCGAUCAGUCGUGUUCAACCCUUGGACACUCCAGAUCUCCCUGGAGCCAAAGUCCAAGCCGCCAUACAAAUCGGUCACAGGAGCCAAGCACCCGCAGCAGGAUUUCUGCUGUGAUGCAGCCUUUGAGACAGAAUGCAGGAGAAGUUGCGGACCUCACUCUUGGUGAAGAAGAUGACUCGAGGAGAUCUGCAUCUAGUGCUGUCACAGAAACAGGCCCUCUGGCAAUUCCAAGGUCCCCUUCCUGCCACCCCCAGCACUCGCCCUGUGUAGGGUUAGCCCAGAACCACCAUGCAUUAGGACACCGGCACACACACUGCUCUCUGCAGCAGGGCCACCAUUUCCACCAUCAUACCCACCCACGUCACACUCCCGCAACUGCUGCUCCCACUUCUGCCCCAUAGAGUGACCCUCCCCACCCUGUGGAAAGGCCUCUGCAGGCACAGCCACCUUGGGGAGCAAACAGCAGUCCUGGUACAAGCUACCAAGACCAGCAGGCAUUAUCAGUAGACCUGAGCAACAGUGGCAUUGGAAGUCAUGGAAGUUUCCAUGGAGCAUCUACAUUUGACCCCUGCUGCUGUGUUUCUUCUUCGGGAGCCACAAUCUUUGGCUAUCAGACUGCUGCUGCUCGAAGUCAGCCCUUAUCGAUAGGUGGUUGUGGAUCAUGCAGGGUCACAAAAUCUCAGCCUCAGUGCCCACCACAAGCCUUACUCUCAUCCUGUCGAGACUAUAUGCCACAUCCUUAUGCUUCUUUGACAAGACCACUUCAUCACCAAGCCUCUGCCUGCCCACACUCUCAUGGAAAUCCCCCUACUCAGACUCAGCCUCAACCUCAACUGGAUUAUUUUAUUCAUCAUCCUGUUCAUGCCUUCCAUUCUAAAAUACCUUCUCAUGCAAUAUUUCACCCUGUGGCAUCCCCACCCCCUACUCAUUUAGCCAGAGCAGCCGCACCAAUCACACCAAUCUCGCAGCAUCUUCCUCCCACACACCAGCCAAUUUCACAUCAUAUUCCAGCCGCUGCACCUCCAGCACACAGAGUUCAUCCUCACGACGUGAUGGAGAGGAUGGAAGUUCAAAGGAGGAGGAAGAUGCAGCAUCCAACAUGGGCAUAUGAGUGUCCCCCACCUCACCCACACAGGAUACACCCGUACAGCAGACAUGGGCAUCAUAUUCAUGUGCCUCAGACUAUGUCCUCACAUCCUCGGCAGGCCCCAGAGAGAUCUGCCCGGGACCUGGGAACUGAAGCUGGAGUGACUGCAGGUACUUGUGAAGCUGGAGCAUUGCCUCAAUUGGCUCAUUACCAUGAACCACCUCGAGUUCAUCUCUUACUAUUAAGAGCUCUUCCUUUAAUGGAACUGAUACAUUUUGAAGAAAGAUUAGAAAAUGUCCACAGUGGAACAUCCCAGGAGACAAUUGACAGAUGUACAUAUCGGCAUAAAUACCGAAAGAGGGAACUGCACUGCCAACAAGAUGGCGAAGAACAGACUAAGGAAGACCCCGAGGAAAAAUGUACCAUCUGCCUGUGUAUUUUAGAGGAAGGUGAAGAUGUGAGGCAUCUUCCUUGUAUGCACAUUUUUCACCAAGUGUGUGUGUACCAAUGGUUGAUUACCAGUAAGAAGUGCCCCAUAUACAGAGUGGACAUUGAAGCCCAGCUGCCAUGUGAAACUUUACACCUUAUUUCGGAACUGUUGCCCUCCCUGUCAUUCCCGCCCUCCUGGCACUGCAGUCAACCAAAGAUGGCAAGAGUCGUCUGUGUAGAUGUGGAAGCCUUAAGCUCAGACCUCUUGCCCUGCUAUAUCGUACAACUAAUUCUGGACCUAGAGUUUGUGUGUACAGUUGAUUCUGAUAUAUUCACUAAAGCUUCUAUUUUCUAG